UUCACAAUUCAGAAUUCCUUCUUCACACACAACAAACAAUGGCCCCGCUCCCCGUUAGCGUUACCGUUACCGUCACCGUUCUUCUGUUCACGUUGGCUCUCUCCGUCGCUUCCUCCAAGCCGGGAAAUGACAUCAUCGACGAACCCUUAACCACUGUAUCAGUCGAACCCGACCCAGAUUCCUCAAAACCAACCCUUCCCGGAUCCGACGAGGUCACAAGUUUCGUCAAUUUCCAUCCGAUCAACCGUCAUUUCCCUAGACGUCCGUUAACGACGACGGAACCUUUCAAACGCCGUCCGUGCCACGAGCUGCGGUGGGGACGAGGCCUUCAGAUCUCUUACGGCAACGACAUGAUUUUGUCCGGCGAAGAUGAGAAGGUGGCAGGUACAGACGUCGUCGUUGCGGAUAUCCCGGCGAUUAAGAUCUUAGUCGGGUCGGAGGAGGAUAAUGGGUCCAAGAAGGCUAAGGUGAAAUUGGUAAAGCGCAAAGAAGAAGAUGAGAGAGACUAUUACAAGAGAAAGAUUCGCAAGUUUCUCAACCAUUUGGUCUGAAUGAAGAAGAUGAACAACCAAGACUCGAGUUUGUGUUAGAAUCUAAGAUAUGAUCAAAUAAAUAGCAUGCACUAUGUUCAUAUGAUCUGAAAAUGAUGAUGAUGUAUUUUGUUUAUAUAUAUAUACAUAUAUAUCAAUGUCAGUAGAAGAUGUUUUUGUAAAACUUUUUAUUCUAUAGAUUGAUGAUCCCAGUCUAUAUA